UUGCGAGCUCUGCGACUUCAAAAUCCGACAUUGAAUGGGUUUUUUCGUUUCGACUCUGCGGCUGUUCUUGGAGCUUAAAACCCUAACUAAAACCAUUGCUUGAACUUCGACAUUCCCAUCCCAAAAUGUCUAAAAUUUCCUCGAAAUUUCUGCUCUAUUUCAUCCAAAAUCGGUUCGUCAAUACGGUUUCUGGUUCUACAUUGCCUCUAGCGUCUGUGUCUACGAUUGAAUUCCUCAAGAACUCUUGUGGGCUUGCUACGGAUUCUCCUUCUUCCGCCCUUCGAAAGCUCCAAUUCGAUGAAAAAAGCGCCAAGAAGUACGAAGCCGUUCCUCGUUUCUUGAAAUCAUAUGGAUUCGAGAAUUCGCAGAUCGCCAAGUUGAUCGCGAAGCGACCUUCAAUCCUUCAAUCGAGAGUCUCCAGCAAUCUGAAGCCUAAAUUUGAGUUCCUCGAGGAAAUUGGGUUCGUCGGCCCUUUACUUCCAAAGGUAAUUUUAUCGAACCCCGCUAUUCUGCAGAGGGGCUUAGAUUCUCAUUUGAAACCAUCGUUUUGUUUCAUUAAGGAAAUGCUUGAAUCGGAUGAGCAGGCUAAUUUUGCUAUUCGUCGAUUUUCGUGGCUUCUAACUUCUAAUUUGAAGGGUGUUAUGCAAUCUAACGUUAAUGUGUUGCUCGGUGAAGGGGUACCUUCGAGGAAUAUAUCGAAAUUGAUUCGGCUGCAACCAAGAACUAUUUUGCAAAAGGUUGAUAGAAUGGUUUGUGCAGUGAAGAAGGUCAAGGAAUUGGGCAUUGAACCACACACCCGUAUGUUUGUUCAUUCGAUUCGUGUAGUGGUGUCCAUAAGUGACACAACUUGGAAGAAGAAAAUAAAUGUUUUGAAGAGUUUGGGAUGGUCUGAGAAGGAGAUUUUAACAGCAUUUAAGAGAGACCCAUAUUGUUUAGCUUGUUCAGAGGAGAAAAUGAGGGCUGUUGCAGAUUUCUGUUUGAACACUGCAAAAUUGGACCCAGAAACUUUAAUUUCUUACCCCAAGUUCUUCAUGUCUGGACUGGACAAGCGUCUCCGGCCAAGGUUCAAAGUUCUUGAGGUUUUGAUGGUCAAAAAACUUAUUAAGAACAGAAAGAUUGCUUGGUUACUUUUUCUAGGGGAGAGAAAUUUUGUCACGAAUUAUGUUCUUAAGCAUUUGGAUGAAGUCCCAGAUCUUAUGGACAUAUACAGGGGCUAUGCGGCAGCCGAAUCCAGACCUGUUCUAUAGGAUUGGAAGAGGUUGUAAGUCAAAUUCUUCUUAUCUUCUAAAUUUUAGUACCAUGAUUUCGAAAUGGGAGAGACGUUUUCUUUAGCUUUUCAAGAUCUCUCUCCUCUCACAGUGGUAGACCUCCCUUCCCUUCCAAUUUGAGGCUGUUCUUAGCUAAAUCUCUUAUUGUUUGUCUCUUGGCUUUGUUAAGUAUGUAGCCUAAUUCUGAAUACAAUGAUAUCUUGAAAUGGGAAGCUUUUUUCCCUUCCUAUUGAGGCUGCUAGCUAAUUCUAUUACAACAUCUUGAGCUUUUGUAAGUUGUUUCAUUUUAGAACGAGAAAAGAAAAAUGGACCCAUUUCGUUUGCAUUUGGAAUUGUGGAACCGAGCGGAAAGUAUAGCAACCAUAGGUUUUAUUAGGGAUAGCUCUUGAUGUUCAUAUCGAUUUAUUAUGCUUCUUGUACCUCUAAUAUUAGGUAGAACUUAGACAAUUACCAUCUCAGCUCUAUUGUGUCUUUGGUUCAUUUCUUUUGGAACAAUCAAAAACAUUAUUAUUUUACUAUGAA